AUGGCUCUCCUGUACAUCGCCUGCCAUCUGGGCAGCCAAAAAAACCCAAACCCCACACAAAAAACGCUUCUCUCGAUCCCAUCUCGAUCUCAUCGAAAGAAGAGCUUCGUUGCCCCUGCCGACGUACGGGAGAGCUUCCUUGCCGCCGCCGACGUACGAUCUGCCGCGAUCUCGUUCGAUCUACCCGCUGCCGAUGUACGAGAUCGCCGACACCGAGAUACGGGAUCGCCGCCAACGUACGAUCUGCCGUCUCUCGCUGCCGCCGUGGUACGAUCUGCCGUCUCUCCCAGAGGAGGCACCGCCGCGGACGUCCGGGAUCACCGCCGCCGACCUGCCAGAGGAGACGCCGCCUCCAAUCUCCUAGAGGAGCCGCCGCCGCCGCCGGUCUCCGACGGGAGACGCCGUCGCCGCCGCCGCCGACCUUUGAGGGGAGACGCCGCCGCCACCUGCGCUGAACCCCAGGGCAGGGUGCGACGAUCGUCGCAAGGAGUACUUGCCGGCCGUACACAGAGAGGAUGGAUGAUGCAGUGGCCACAUCAAGCGCCCUGUGCUCGACGACAAUGGAAAUGCAGUUUCUCAGAGCUAGCAGGAAGGAGGCUGAUGGCUUCCCAUUGUAGUAAGAGACAACACACCAGCUUUUGCUUGUCCACUCCAUUUUCCAAAAUAAUGGCAUGCAACUGAAGAGAGGAAUCUGAUUGGUUUCCAAUGACUGUGUUCAGCUCUUUCUUCAUAGGUCUACUCUGUUGCAAAAGAUCACAUCAUGACAUCCCAAGAAAUAGCAAUAUUCAGAAAAAACAUCAGGGAUGUUUGACGAAUGAGUAGAACUGAUAUAUGUACACCAAAACUGUUUGUGGUUCAACCUCAUAAAUGUUUUUUUUUAUUAUCUCGAUAUUAUAGUUCAACAGAAGAGAAUACACCAAAACUGCAAACAACAAAACAUACAAUUAGAUGUCCGAUUAAACCACAAAUAUUUACGAAACCAAAAAUCUGAGAAUAUACAAAUUCAGCAAAUAUCAUUUCUUCCAAGAUUCAUA